AUGCCAGAAAGCGUCUGCAACGUAUGUGAUUUGCCGUACGAUGUGCUGUUCGAACUCUUUCGCUACAUGUCUGCGGUGGAUGCCACCGCCCUGCUCAGUACGUGCAGGGACGCCCGGAAACACAUCCAGGAUGCAUCGAUCUGGCAGCGAUUCUGCAGUCGGUAUGGCCUGCGAAGCGUAGUCAACUUCGGUGGACUGUCCUUCUACGCAGUCUACACGCAGCUGCUGCAUCCAUAUGGCCCCCUUCUCGGCCUUUGGGCAGGCGACUACCCAUACCGAGGAAACAUCAUCGACUUUCGGCUCAUCCCCGGCGACGACCACGAACAAGGAGGCAUCAUCGGUGAAGUCUGGCGGUUUCCGCAGGAGCCCACCCGCUAUCCUGUUUCACCGAGCUACGUUCGCGCUCUGAAGAUUGGUUUCGAUGGGCCCUUCGUACCUUCUCCCACCGCAAAAGCAGCGCAAUCACCGUCUCCGCACAAUGUCUCGCCCAAAGCGCGCGUGUGUUGCAGCGUUCUGCCACCGGUCGACCAUGCGCACUGGCAUUCGACAUACCUUGAGGUCGUUCCCCCCAGUAGCUAUGGCUACUUAUUGCAAGGCUAUCGCCGACCCUACCCCCACCCCGACUUUCCUCCGCAGGACGCGUCGUGGUACGACUCACAGCGUGGCCUUCCUCGUCUGAAUCCAUCGAUCCCUGUCCUCGUCGAUCAGCGCGAGCUUGUUCGGAUCUAUCCCGCCGUUCGCCUCCCCAUUAUCUUCGCAUCUACGACACCGCACCUGAAGCCUGCAGCAAUUUCAAUACACUGCUCGGGUGGCGAUGACCGAUGUACGCAGAUGUACCAGCCAGCACUACCGUUCGAUGAUCUAUCGACCGCUCCGCCGCGUUACUACCCUCUCAUUCGAGACAUCCGCUCGGGUAUUGACCCGAGGGACGUAGGGUGGAAAUUCGAGUCCCUAGAGGGACUUUGGCUUGGGGCCAUGGGUCGUUAUGGGACGGAGGUGCUGCACUUGACCUGGCAUCGAGAGCAGGAGGAGUUACGUGCGAUCAAAAUCACUGGGGACGCGAACGUACCAAGGGGCGCCCAUUCCUGGACGUUGCACACAUCCCACGACCCACUUUCUCCGCCGACUCCCAUGCCAGCAGGGUGGACAAGCGAGCUGCCUGGUGGAUGCCUCAUGUACACAGGCAUCGGUACGAUCAGCGAGCGCGGAUAUCCGUUCGGUGUUCCUGUUCCACUCAGCAUCGCCAUCGUCAACACGGACGAAAUCCGCAUUUUCUGGGAUCAAAUCAACGACACGCGCAUCUACAUGCGCUACAAGGACCGCGAAAAUGUCGCUGGACAAUGA